UUUUAGUCUCAAACAUGUAAAAUUAGCUCGUUAUAUAACAAGAAGCAUGUAUCCAUAAGAUAAUAUUCCAUUUCCUCCUUCCUAAAAAUGGAGACUCAACAAUUACCCUUCAUCUUCAUUUCACUCUUGCUAUUCCUUUACUUCUUAUUCCGUCUUUUUCAGAUAUCGAAGGAAUCAGAAACCUUAAACAAAAAAUUGCCUCCUGGUCCAUGGAAGCUCCCUUUUAUCGGGAACUUGCACCAGUUAGCAAAUGGACUCCUGCCACAUCAUACUCUCAGAAGCAUAUCGCAAAAAUAUGGGCCACUGACAUAUUUACAACUUGGAGAAAUUUCAGCGAUUGUCGUGUCUUCACCUGAAAUGGCAAAAGAAAUCAUGAAAACUCAGGACGUUCGCUUUGCAACUAGGCCCCAAAGUAUGACCGGAAGUAUUAUUUUCUACAACUACUCGGACAUAGCACUAUGUCCAUACGGUGAUUACUGGAGAAAUAUGCGCAAAAUAUGUGUCCUGGAACUUCUUAGCGCAAAGAUGGUCAAAUCAUUUUACUCAAUUAGACAAGAAGAGAUGUCAAGUCUCGUCUCAUCUAUCAUCAAUUCUAAGCCUGGCUCGUUGGUCAACCUAUCAAGCAAAAUAUUUUGGUUUACAGGUUCUGUAACUUGUAGAUCGGCUUUUGGAAAAGUUGUUCAUGAUCAAGAUACGUUGAUAAUGCUGGUGAAAGAGGCAGUGUCAUUAUCUGCAGGAUUUGACUUGGCUGAUUUGUUCCCUUCGCAUAAGUGGCUACAUGGGAUCAGUGGGAUGAAGUCCAGAUUGUUGAAGGCCCGCGAAAAGGUCGAUAUAAUUUUGGAGAAGAUCAUUAAUGAGCAUCGGGGAAGUCGAGUGAAUGGUAAAAAAGGUAAUGGUGAGUCCGGAGGUGAAGACCUGAUCGAUGUUCUACUACGAGUCAUGGAGAGUGGGGAAUUUGGAAUCCUAAUCACAAAUGAAAAUAUCAAAGCAAUUGUUUUUGAAAUGUUCAUGGCAGGAGCUGAAACAUCAUCAACAACAAUUAUUUGGGCGUUGUCAGAAAUGAUAAAAAAUCCAAGUGUUAUGGCUAAAGCACAACUUGAAGUUAGAGAAGCCCUACAAGGAAAGAAAACAUUGGAGGAUACUGAUUUAGAAGAGUUGAAGUAUUUCAAAUUAGUGAUAAAAGAAACACUAAGGUUACACCCUGCAGCUCCUCUAUUAAUCCCAAGGGAAUGUAGAGAAGAAACACAAAUUGAUGGAUACAAUAUACCUAUCAAAACUAAAGUCAUAGUGAAUGCGUGGGCAAUUGGAAGAGAUCCAAAAUAUUGGGAUGAUCCAGAAAGCUUUAUACCUGAGAGAUUUGAGGAUAGUCCUAUUGACUUCAGAGGGAACCAUUUUGAAUUUAUUCCAUUUGGCGCAGGAAGAAGAAUGUGUCCGGGAAUGAUAUCCGGUUUAGCUACUGUAGGGCAUUCUUUAGCGAAGUUGUUGUAUCACUUCGACUGGAAGCUUCCUGAAGCGGUUAAUCUGGAUGAUUUCGACAUGACCGAAGCAGAAGGAGUAGCAGCCAGUAGAAAGAAUGAUCUUUGUUUGAUUGCUACUCCUUUUGGUCUCUCUUAACAAUAAAGUAACAACACAUGUCACUGGCUACUACAUGUCUAUCAGCCAGUGAUUAUCAAUAAGUUGUUUCUUUUUUACAUGGUGUAUCUGUAUCUCUUAUGUGAACAGUAUAAACUUAGUUUAUCUCCUGGA